CCACCCUGAGCCGCGUCGCUACGAGCAUCUCUCAUGUGACCGCUGGCUUCCUGUGUGCUUCCCGGCCCCAGUGCCAGCAUUUCGGUACGUGCUGUGCCAGGCGCUGCCCAAACGCUGCACCUUUGCUACCGGCCACAGCACCAUGCUGCGCCGCAAGCCCUCCAACGCCGGUGAGAAGGAGCCAGGACACAGGAAGCUCUCCCUUCAGCGCUCCAGCAGCUUCAAGGACUUUGCCAAGUCCAAAGUCAGCUCCCCCGUGCCGAGCGAGACAGAGUUCAACCUGGAGGAGAACAUCCCUGAGGAUGAGCCCAGCAGCACCGGCGCUGACAGUGCUGCACGGAGCAGCGGGAUGAAGCUGGGCAAGAAGUGGCGGGCUGUCAUCUCCCGCACCAUGAACCGCAAGAUGGGCAGGAUGGCUGUGAAAGCCCUCGCUGAGGGGAAGCAGGGAGACAUGGAGGAGGACGAGGGGUCCCUGUGCCCCCUGUCCCCAGGCAGCAGCACAGAGGAGCCGAGCCAUGACAAGCUGCCCCUGUCCUACCUGGAGAUGGAGGAAGACGGGCACCCGCCCAUCAGCCGCCAGCUGUCCAGCGGCAGCGACGUUUCCAGCCCCAGGGGCAGCAACCGGGAGAGCCUGGGGCUGGAGGAGAGCGGCCCAGCCUACACCGGCCCCUUCUGCGGCCGUGCCCGCGUCCACACAGACUUCACACCCAGCCCUUAUGACAAGGACUCGCUGAAGCUGCGGAAAGGGGACAUCAUCGGUAUCAUUGAGAAGCCACCCGUGGGCACCUGGACCGGGCUGCUCAACAACAGGGUGGGCUCCUUCAAGUUCAUCUACGUGGACAUCAUCCCCGAGGAGUCAGCCCCUGCCCGCAAGAGCCGGGGCCCUGGCAAGAGCAAGCGGCUCAAGCCCAAGACCCUCCACGAGCUGCUGGAGCGCAUCAACCUGCAGGAGCACACCUCCACCCUGCUGCUGAACGGCUACCAGACCCUGGAGGACUUCAAGGAGCUGCGGGAGACCCACCUCAUCGAGCUGAACAUCACGGACCCCCAGCACCGCACCAAGCUGCUCACAGCUGCCGAGCUCCUCCUGGAUUACGACACAGCCAGCGAGCCAGAGGAAGGUGACAGCUUUGAAGCUCAGCCUUCACCCUCGGAGCUCAAGGGAGACAUUCCCCGGGACUCGGGCUGCUUCGAGGGAUCAGAGACCCUAGACAGCAGCCGGGAUGAGGCUGAGCUAGGGGGUCCGGAGGGGCAGCUGCAGGCUCUCUCCCUGGUAGAGUCCUCCUGAGCCCGUGAGCAGAGCCCACAGCUGCUUCCCACUUGGACCCUGGCUGUGGGUCUGGACUGGCAGGGACGGCUGCUCACGGGGGAAAGGGGUGAGCCCCACAGCCCUGGUGCGGGUGCCCCGCACUGCAAAGGGUGCAGGCAGCUCAGCUCCCAGCCCCAGAGGCUGCCCCGUUUGCUGCCCCCAGGACAUUUUGCUCCACGCCGCCUCGCACCACUGCCCAGAUGUGGGCACUCCAGGCACGCUGGGGCACCACGCUCUCCUCUGAGAUGUCUCCGACCUGGUUUUGCCCCACUUUAUCCAAAGCUUUAAGAGCUGCUCCUAGAGUUCUCAUCUGCUGGGCUGAAUAUACAGGAACCUGCAGGGACAGGGAGGUCCACAGCAGAUGGGGCUGGAGUAAACCCUGUGCUGAGCAGUAGGGUGUGAGAGGCCCCACCAAGCCCAGCACCACACCAUCGGGGGACACCCACACCACCUUCCUUCCGCCAGUGUAGGCAGGGAAAGGUUCACUGGGACAUUUGGGGUGCAGGGGAAAGGGCUCAGCUGAGCUGAGAGCAGCCCAGAAGGGCACUGCAAGCCCCCUCCCGCAGCUCAAGGGGAGCCCCAAAGGCUGCCCACACCUCGACACCAGGCCUGGCCUGGGGGGCUACAAGAGGGAGCUGGAGCAGCUGCACUGCAGCCCCACAGGCAGAUGGGCUCAGGGGGGUCAGGCUGGCACAGGCUGCACAGCCCCUUCCAGACUGCCGGGUGCCCCCAAAGCAGCCCCCGGGAAGGGGCAGGGGCGCUGCAGCCCAGGCAGGGCCCCCAGAACCCCCAGCCGGAGCUGGGGCAGCAGCAGGUAAGGGAAGGCAGCCAUAUGGAAGCAUGGGGCAAUCCAACCAAACAGGCUGGUCCCCAGCUGGGAGUACCUACCCCAGCCCCCUUCAGCCCAGCUCUCACUGCUGCACACGGCCGGCCCCUGCUCUGCAGCAUCAGCCUUUGAGCACCCAGUUUGCUCCUUUGUGCUCAAUCCCAAUAAAAGCAUGCAAGUCUAUUUGGCUCCAGCCUUCAGCCUGGUUCCCACCUGCAAGAAGGUGCAGGGAGGGAGCAGCAGCUGCAGGGAACUGAAAGCUCCCCCAGAUGCUUCCCAGCCGCACCCACACAGCCCACGCUGCAGCAUUCGCCCAGCGGGACCCUCUUCCACCCACCCUGGGGGGACAGCAGGACGCAAAUAAGACAACACAGAUAAAACAUGCUGGAAGUGUGAGAUGUAGAGGCUGGAAAGGCAGAGGGAAGGGGAAAAGGCAGCUGGCUUGAGGAGGCACAGACAGAGGCAGAGGCUACAGCUCAGCCAUUUUGCAAACCAAUUAAGUUUCCUUCAUUGUUUUAAAAAUAAAAUUAAAAUUAAAAAAAAAAGA